CUCCAUCGUCCUUGCUCUCAGGCAUUCGCAAUGGUGAACAAGGACGGAUUCCGCUUCUCAUGGAUCGUGACUCUAUUCUGGUGCAUCGUCAAUGCGCCGUUUGGAGCUAGCCAAGACCUCGCUUCUAUAGCGGAGCUACUUCCUGACUGUGCACUGCCGUGUCUGUCAAGUAGUUUUCAAGAAGCCGCCUGUAACCUCACAGCAGUGCCAGAAUGCCUAUGUCCCAACACCACGCUCCAGGCAGAUGUGUCGGAUUGUGUCCGGCUGUCUUGCGCAUUCAAUGACCAAAUUACCGUUUCAGCACUCACCCAGGAACUGUGCACCGGGUAUCCGAUCGAAUCUCGUAGCGACCAACUCGUCAUAACCUCCAUUGCAUGCGCUGCAAUCACCUUCCCCAUCGUGGUUUUGCGGUGCAUCGCGAGGUUAAAGGUAACCAGCAGGCUUUGGUGGGACGACUGGACAGCUCUCAUUGCUACGGCCUUCUUAGCUGGUCUUAUUGGUGUUGAAAUUCGAAGCGCCGACCUAGGGCUAGGUCGUCAUUAUUGGAACCUGGACACAGAAAACGCCCAAACUAUCCUUCAGUUGAUCUAUGCGUUUCAAAUAUUAUACAUCUUGAUCCAAGUUUCAGCAAAGGGAUCCCUCCUCGCCUUCUACAGACGCAUCUUCCCAAAUCGCCGCUUUCAGAUUGCGGUUUGGGCAGGCCUGGCAUUUCUUCUCGGCCAUGGCAUCGUGUUUUUAUGUCUCAUCAUCUUUCAAUGCCGUCCUAUCGAUAGUAUAUGGAACCGCAACCUAGAAGGAAAAUGUCUUAAUAUCACAGCAAUUGUUAAUUCUGGUGCUGCAUUGAGUAUUGUUGAGGACAUUGCUUUUCUUGUCAUGCCCAUUCCAGAAUUGUUGAAACUGCAACUUGGAACAAGAAAACGGGCCGCAUUAUUACUCAUCUUUAGUAUCGGGUCCUUCGCAUGCGUCACCAGCAUGAUACGCCUGAAGUACCUCGUCAAUUUUGAUAAUUCGCUUGACGAAACCUGGGACUAUGUCAACGUUAUAAUAUGGUCCGUGAUUGAGUUAUCCUGCGCCUUGGCUUGCGCUAGCCUCCCCGCAGUGUGGCCUCUGGUAAAAAAGAUUCCAGGAAUCCUGAGUACUGUCACAGGGUCGAGACCCAGAGACACCACAGACUUCAGCAACCGAGAGUCCCACAUCAAGUCAGACGUUAAGGUGCUAAGCCGGCCUCAGAACCGUGGGUUCGAACAGCUUUCUGAUCUGCCAAGGAAACACGCCAGCAAGGGUGGGGGAGGACGACAACUGUAUCUACGAGAUACAAAUGCAUAUCUAGAUAUGGAGUCAAGCAGUAAGGAAGAUUUUGAGUUGCAAACAAUUACCAAGGGGUAGUUAUAAUUUUAAUUCAGCUAUGUUGCUUUGUAUUUCUUGAAACUAGUAUAGAUCACCCGAUUUACGGUUAAG